UAGGUUUUUAAAUGAUAUUAUUGAUAUUGAUUUGAUAUUAUUACCGACAAUCAAUAGGUAAUAAGCGGCUGGCGACAUCAACAUCGACGCUCCUUUUCCACAAUGGAUGAUUCUGAACCUCCAGCGGCCCCAACAAGCACCAGUGAGCCUGAGGGUCAAAAAGCCAGUGAAAUCCCCCAGAGUGAGACAACUAAUGAGGCUGCUGCAGAUGUCCCAAAAAGUGAGGUUUCUGGGGAGAAUGCAGCUUCUGAGGACAAAGUUGGUGAGGAUAAGUCAGCUGCUGAGGACAUGUCAGUUGCUGAGGACAAGCCAGCUGCUGAGGAAAAGUCAACUGUUGAGGACAAGUCAGAUGCUGAAGCUUCUAUGCAAGCGCCUGCUAAUGCAGCUGUGACAGAAGAAGCUGAUGAGGAUAGGGCAGCAGCUGAGGGCUCUGUGGAUAAGGCACCAGCUGAUGCAUCUACACCUGAACCAGGGGAUGAAGUACCUGCAGAACAUCCCUCUCCAGAUGAUUCUGCCCAUCAGACUGCAGCUCCUGCUUCUGAAGAAAAGUCACCUUCUGAAGGCGCUGCUGACAGCCCAGCACCUGAUGGCUCCAUUGAACCCCCACCCACAGAACCUGCAGAUGUACAAGUUGUCUCGGCCCCAGCAGAUCAACCUGAACCAUCGACUGGUGCCACUGAGGAGCACCCUCCGUCCGACCCUGCCGCCCAGCCCCCACCUCAGGAGAUGCUGUCCCUGCCUUCUCCUCCAUCAGCGCUCUCCUCAGUGUCUUCCCUGUCUGGUGAUUCUGACGAAGAAAAGGAGGAACACCCUCCAGCCGCCCCAGCAGAUACCGCGCCCCUGUCUGCCGACCUGGCCGACCCACUGGUGUACGACGCCUCUCACGCCACGGUGGGCGCCGUGCUCGGUCACGCCGCUGACCUCCUGGCGGCGGGCGUGCUGCCGGACGUGCACGCCUCGCCGAGCGCGCUGGCCACGGCGGCCGACCUGCUGCGGCGCGUGCUGGUGGUGGCACGCCACCAGCUGGAGACGGCGGCCGCCUCCGUCCACCGGCUGCUGCCGCUCGGUCUGCGGCUGGCCGAGAACGUGAUGACGGUGCCCCAGUGGCGCGCUGUUGAGGGUCGCUCACAGCGCUGCGCCAGCCGCGCCAUCUACCAGGCGCUGAUGGAGCUGCAGCUGCCCCCGCAGCAGCGCGAGGAGCGCCGGCUGCUGCGGGCUCUGCGCCGCCGUCCGGCCCGGCUCUGGGCGGACGUCUCGCUGGAGGAGGCGGCCGCUGAGCUGGCGGAGCGCCGUCACCCGGACCGCUACCCGGGCUUCGACCCCGCCCGGGACGCGGCGCGGGAGGCGGAAGCGGCCCUGCUGGCUGCCUACCGAGCUGCGGUGCGCGCGCGGCUGACGGAGCCGGUGCCGGCCGUGCCGCUGCCGCCGGCCGCCGGCCUGGACGGCCCCGCCCGACUGGCCGCCGUCCACGAGGUGGUCAAGUCGUGGCGGUACUCGAUCCGCUGGCGGUACUGCGUGGACUUUCUGCGGACGGAGGAGGAGCCGCUGCUCUCCCGACACGUCUACCAGGUGCGAUUCAGUGUCCCGGAGCACCACCAGCCCAUUCCCAGGCCGGUCGCCUACGUCUUUUUCGUGCUGAUCGUAUCCAAGGUGAAGCCUGAAACGGAACCUAUCCAGAUGUACUACAUGACGGAGACGAGCCGCCUGCGCCACGUGCCCGGAAAGGUCAUCUUCCAGGAGAAGUGGCUCAUUGACAUCAUCAACGUCAAACUCAAGUUUUGGAGGGAAAUCAAGUUCUAGGCGAGGCCAGGAUGUCGGGGGUGACAUCAAUAAAUUAUAGCGUGCGAAAUGACUUCGAAGAAGAAGCUCUAAUGGCGAUCAGAAAAUGAAGCUUUGCGCGUUAACCUGGGAGAUCGAUCGCUUAUCCACUUUCCAGACAUUCAUCCUUUUCCUGGAUCUUUUGGUAUGAGGUCAACGAAUUCAGUUUCGGUGUCAAGGAAAUAGACUGUGCUUUUGUGCGUCGUACGUGAGAACGAAUAAAUUAUUUUUGUAUCUCA